AAAUCUGAGAGUCCAUCUUCUGAACCUACUCUUCCUAAGCUUCCUUCCAUACCUGACAACCACAUACCCUCUUCCUUGCUUAACACCCACCUACCCCCUUCCUUGCCUAACACCAAAAACAGUUACCUUUUUCUGUUUGAACUGAGAAUCCUAGGACCAAAGAAAGUUUAAGAUUUGUCCUCAUGGCGACUGCAUUCAUCCCAUCUAAAAUGAAGGCUUUUGUCUACUCUGAAAACGGAAAUCCUGCUGAUGUACUGAAGCUAAAAACAGAUAUUGCUGUACCAGAAUUGGAGGAAGAUCAGGUUCUAGUCAAGGUGGUUGCUGCAGCACUAAACCCAAUCGAUUUCAAGAAGAUGCUUGGGUUAAAAACUACUGUACCCACCGUUCCAGGAUUUGAUGUUGCUGGUGUGGUGGUGAAAUUGGGAAGCAAAGUGGAGAAUUUUAAGGAAGGAGAUGAAGUAUUUGGGUUCAUUGAUAUUCAGAAAUCCUUGCAAGACCCAAAAGUAUCUGGCACUUUAGCAGAGUACACUGCCAUAGAAGAGAAGCUGUUGGCUCCAAAGCCGAAAGACCUGAGUUUUGCUGAAGCUGCAGGGCUACCUUUAGCCAUUGAGACUGCCUAUGAAGGCCUCGAAAGGAUUGGAUUAUCUACCGGAGAAUCUAUUCUUGUUUUAGGAGGUGCUGGUGGGGUUGGCAGCUUGGUAAUUCAGUUGGCCAAGAAUGCUUUUGGGGCAUCUAAAGUAGCAGCUACUUCAAGCACAGGAAAACUGGACUUACUCAAGAAAUUGGGUGCUGAUUUAGUUAUAGAUUAUACCAAAGAGAACUAUGAAGACCUGCCUGAGAAAUUUGAUGUAGCAUAUGAUACUGUCAGAGAAAGUGAUAGAGCAUUGAAGGCAGUGAAAGAAGAAGGGAGAGUUUUGACAAUAAUAGGCACACCAACCCCACCAGCUAUCCCAUUCUCAGUCACUUCAAAUGGAUCCAUUCUGGAGAAACUGAUUCCUCACUUGGAAAGUGGAGAGGUAAAGCCAGUGUUGGAUCCAAAAGGCCCAUUUCCAUUUUCUCAAACUGUGGAAGCACUUUCCUAUCUGCAGACUCAGAGAGCUACUGGAAAAGUGGUCAUCUAUCCAAUCCCAUGAAGAGAAUUGAUCAAAUUAAUUUUCAGGAAUGUACAUCUUCCCUCAUGUUGAGUCUAAAAUCCAUUGUUUUCCCUGUAGUUUCUGUUUUACAUCCGUUGUUGAACUUGCCUCACUUUUUACUUAUGUAAUUGUAACAGAAGGGUACAAUUAAUUCCACUGUAAACC